AUGGCGCCUAUUGAAAAGAAGCGCAAGACUGGCCCAACCAAUGACUCUUUCGCGCGGUCACGAAAGCCAGAGGACAAAGAUGGACGACCAUCGAAAAGGCCUCGCGCAGAAGAGGAACGUACAAAACCCAGCGGAGCAGCAACGAAGCUGUCGAAAGUAAGAGAGGAGGAAGUUGCAUUUCCUAGAGGAGGCGCAAGUGUCUUGACGCCCUUAGAACACAAGCAAAUUCAAAUCGAAGCCACGCAGGAUGUUUUGUUCGAGCAGCAGGGCGCAAAGUCGUCUCGAAUGGAGAUAGAUGGCGAGGAGGGAAAUGUUGCCGCUAAAAAACCAAAAUCGCGUGGAAAGGCCAAGAAAGAUACAGCGCCAGCAGAAGCAGACGAACAGGCAGUGAAGAUUGAAGGGCUCAGUUAUAAGCGUCUCGUUCCAGGUUCCGUUGUGCUUGGUCAGAUAUCACAGAUCAACGAUCAUGACAUUGCUCUUUCCCUACCCAAUAACUUGACGGGCUAUGUACCAAUCACAUCCAUAUCAGACAAAAUUACCCAGAGGAUUGAAGAGAUCGCAGCGGCAGAGGAGCAGGACAAUGACCAAGAAACCCCCGAAGAUGUAGAUCUCUCGACUAUGUUUUCAAUUGGACAAUAUCUUCGGGCUUAUGUUGUUUCUACUAGCGACGAGACUACAACGUCAACAGCUACAAAGUCGAAGAGGCGUAUAGAGCUUUCGAUCAGACCACAACAAUCCAAUAAUUCACUUUCGGCGCAAAACGUUAUUCCAAACAAUAUGGUAAUGGCUGCAGUCUCGAGUGUAGAGGAUCAUGGUCUUGUUAUGGACCUUGGCUUGGAAGACACAACUGUUAAAGGCUUCAUGUCUUCAAAAGAAAUCGGAAAGGGAACUGAACUUUCGAAAGUCCAAGAGGGUGCUGUAUACCUGUCUAUGGUCACUGGUUUGAGUUCGAACGGGAAGAUUGUCAAAUUAUCAGCGGACACCCAAAAAAUCGCCAACACGAAGAAACUUAGUUAUCUGAGCGAGGCGCCGACUAUUGAUGCUUUUAUGCCGGGAACAGCCGUGGAAAUACUAGUUACGGAUGUUACUGCUCGGGGCGUUAUUGGAAAGGUGAUGGGCAUGGUUGAUGUAACAAUCGACUUAAUUCAUUCAGGCGCGGCUUUGCCCGGGAAGGAUCUGGAAAAGAAAUACAAACUGGGAUCUAAAAUCAAGGGUAGAGUUAUUUGCAAUUUUCCCACUGCAGAUCCUCCGAAAUUGGGCGUUUCGUUGCUGGACCACGUAAUUGGAAUGUCUUUACAACAGGCUGUUGUUAACGGAGAGAAGAAACAACCAUUAGACGUCUUGCCAUUGUCCGCCAUACUAGAGGAAGUCGUUGUUCGGAAAGUCGAAGCAGGACACGGGUUGUUCGUCGAUGUAGGCGUGAAAGGCCUUUCUGGAUUCGUUCAUAUCUCUAGGGUCAAAGAUGGAAAGAUCGAGACACUAUCUGAGGUUUCCGGGGCAUACAAACUAGGAUCGACUCACCGAGGCAGGGUGAUUGGGUACAAUUCAAUUGACGGGACAUUUCUCCUAUCCCUUGAAGCGAGUAUCCUCGAGCAACCGUUCUUGAAUAUUGAAGACUUGAAGAUUGGAGAAACAGUCAAGGGCACUAUUGAAAAGAUAGUCGUCAACGCAAAAGGUGUUGGGGGAGUACUCGUCAAUUUGGCCGAAGGAAUAUCUGGACUCGUCCCGGAAGCGCAUAUGGCUGAUGUUAAAUUACUUCAUCCUGAGAAAAAGUUCAAGGAAGGCAUGGCAGUCACAUGCCGUGUUUUAUCUACUGACCCUAGCAAACGACAGGUUCGACUGACUCUCAAAAAGAGUCUUGUCAACUCCGAAGCAGCGCCCUUUGUCAGCUACGAGGAUAUUGAGGUGGGGAUGCAAAGCCCUGGGACCAUCAUUAAUGUUCUGCAAGCAGGAGCUGUGGUCCAAUUUUAUGGCUCCAUUCGCGGCUUUUUGCCCGUUGCUGAAAUGAGCGAAGCUUAUAUUCAAGACCCCACACAGCAUUUCCGCAUAGGACAAGUCGUUAACGUACACGUUACGAAAGUUGAUCCAGAAACGCAAAAAAUGACGGUAUCCUGCAAAGACCCGACCACGUUUGGGCUCGCUCAACAGACUGCAUUGAAGAAUCUGAAGGUGGGCGAGAUAGUAUCUGCGCUUGUCACCGAGAAGUCGAGUGACGAUAUCUCUCUAGAAAUCGAAGGGCAAAGCUUACGCGCGACCCUUUCGCUUUCGCAUCUUACAGAUGGCUCCUCGUCAAAGAAUGCAUCGGCAUUUAAGAAGAUACGAGUUGGGCAGAAGUUGACAGAUCUUGCCGUUUUGGAAAAACUUGAAUCGAAGCGUUUAGUACUUUUGACUAACAAACCAAGCCUGAUUAAAGCGUCGAAAGAUCGCACGCUUCUGAGAAGCAUCGAGGAUGUUAAAGUGGAUAAAAUUGUUCAUGGAUUUGUGAAGAACAUUACCCCUACGGCUGCUUUCAUACAAUUUGGAGGUGGCCUUACGGGUUUGUUACCCAAGAGCAAGUUGCCCAAGGAUAUGGCCUCACUUGACGACUUUGGUUUGAAAAAAUUUCAAGCAGCUCAAGUCAAGGUUAUAUCAGUAGAUCGAGAGCAAGGAACGUUUGUGCUAUCCAUGACGGAUAUGAGUGAAGACAGCAAAGCUUCUCAACAACCUGUUGCAGGCGAAGCGUUAACUGGGGAUGUUGUAAAUCCAGUCGAUGAAAGCAUCACAUCAAUGCAAAAUUUUGACAUUGGAAGACUUACCAAAGCGAGAGUCGUUUCCGUCAAAGACACGCAAAUAAAUGUUCAGCUAGCUGAUAACGUCCAAGGUCGCAUUGAUGUUUCUCAAGUCUUUGACAGCUGGGAAGAGAUCAAGGAUAGGAAGAAGCCACUCAAGAAGUUCUCUGCCAAGCAGAUACUAGAUGUUCGUGUCUUGGGAAUGCAUGAUGCUCGGAAUCACAGGUUCCUUCCGAUCAGCCACAGGGUCGGCAAGUCUGUUGUGUUUGAGUUAUCAGCGAAGCCUAGUGAUCAAGUCGAAACCACACAGGAGCCUCUGACUCUAGACAAGGUCAAGAAAGGGUCUGCAUGGAUCGCAUUUAUCAACAACAUUACCGACAAUUGUGCUUGGGUAAAUUUAUCACCCAAUGUCCGAGGACGGAUUAGCCUGAUGGAAAUGUCGGACGAUGUAUCGCGUUUAAAGGAUGUCGAGUCAAAUUUCCCCGUCGGGUCUGCCAUCAGAGCCCGUGUGACCAACGUUGAUGCUUCCAAUAAUCGAUUGGACUUGUCUGCUCGCUCUCAACCCGCAGAGAAACUCACUCUCCAAACAUUAAGCGAAGGAAUGGUUCUUCCUGGCAAGGUUACGAGGUCGACCGAAAGACAAAUACUCGUCGAACUCGCUGACGGAUUGGCUGGGCCUGUUCAUCUUCCCGAUCUCGCCGACGACUUUUCUCAAGCUGACCCCACCAAAUAUACGAAAAAUGAUAUUGUUCGUGUAUGUGUUGUCUCUGUUGAUUUGCCAAACAAGAGAUUCCGACUUUCAACACGACCCUCUCGAGUGUUGGAUUCUUCACUUCCCGUUGAAGACCCAGAGUUUACCUCUAUCUCCCAAUUGAAGGCGAACGAUGUUGUCCGGGGCUUCGUGAAAAGUGUCGCCAAGAUGGGUCUGUUUGUAAAUAUUGGAGGGAAUCUUACAGCAUUUGUGCGAGUAUCAGAUCUUUCAGAUUCAUACAUUAAAGACUGGCAGUCGGAGUUUGAGGUCGAUCAACUGGUAAAGGGCAAGAUCACGCAAGUCGACGCCAAUUUAAAUCAGAUACAAAUGAGUCUGAAAUCCUCUGUUUUGGACAAGAACUAUGUCGCGCCAAUAACCUUCGCUGAUUUGUCUGUCGGUCAGAUUGUCACUGGCAAAAUUCGUAAGGUCGAGGACUUUGGCGUGUUUAUCGUUCUUGACAAUUCUAUGAAUGUCAGCGGCCUCUGUCACCAGAGUGAAAUGGCCGAUAAGCGUGUCCAUGAUGUGAAGAAGCUUUAUGAAGAAGGCGAUGCAGUCAAGGCCAAGGUCAUUAAGAUUGACUCGGAGAAAAAACGCAUAAGUCUUGGGCUCAAAGCAAAAUACUUUGACGACGAUGCGGCGGAUUCAGAUGAUGAAAGUGAUGAAGAUGGUGCUGGCAGCGAGCAGGGGGCUCGACUUGAUGAAAUGGAUCAGGAUGACGACGAUGACGAAUCUGAGGACGGUGAUGGCGGUAUUGAUCUUGACGAUGUUGAAAGCAUGGCCGAGGAAGUGGAUGCAGACUCUGACUCUGAUGCGGAUUCGGAUGUCGACAUGCAAGAUGCCACUGACAUUCCCGCACUCAAUGCCGGUGGGUUUGACUGGGAUGCCAAGGUUUUGGAUCGUGUCCAGGAGCAAUCCGACGAGGACUCCGAUAAUGACGGUGCAGACGAGAAGCCCAAGAAGAAAAAGAAGAAGAAGUCCGAAAUCAAAAUCGAUCGAACUGGCGAUCUAGAUGCAAAUGGGCCACAAUCCGUGGCAGAUUUCGAAAGACUUCUUCUUGGCCAGCCUGAUUCUUCUCAGUUGUGGAUCCAGUAUAUGGCAUUUCAAAUGCAACUCAGCGAGCUCAGCAAAGCCAGAGAAGUGGCUGAGCGUGCAAUCAAGUCAAUCAAUAUCCGGGAAGAGACAGAGAAGAUGAAUGUUUGGAUCGCUUUGAUCAACUUGGAAAGCGCAUACGGUAGCGAUGAGUCGGUUGACGAAGUAUUCAAGCGAGCCUGCCAAUACAACGAUCCACAAGAAAUUCACGAAAGACUAGCCAGCAUCCACAUCCAAUCUGGCAAGCUUGAUAAAGCUGACGACCUCUUCCAAAUCAUCAUCAAGAAAUUCUCCCAAUCGCCAAACGUCUGGUACAACUACGCACACUUCCUAAUGACUAGUCUCUCAUCUCCCGACCGCGCACGCGCUCUCCUCCCACGAGCCACCCAGUCACUCCCACCACAUACCCAUCUCGCUCUAACCCUCAAGUUCGCCGCCCUGGAAUUCCACUCCGAAGCCGGCUCCGCGGAACGCGGACGUACCAUGUUCGAGGGUUUACUGUCUACCUUCCCGAAACGCCUCGAUAUCUGGAAUCAGCUGCUGGAUCUGGAGAUCCAACAGGGUGAUAAGGAUAUCAUUCGUGGUGUCUUUGAGCGGGUGACGAGGACGAAGGGGAUUAAACCGAAGGGAGCGAAGGCUUGGUUUAGAAGGUGGAGUGAGUGGGAGGAGGGGAAUGGCGAUGCGAAGAGUCAGGAGAGGGUCAAGGCUAAGGCGGAGGAGUGGGUUAGGGAGAGGAGUGGUGGAGAGGAGUAA